AUGCUCAGGUAAGAGAGCACGGUAGGAGUGUGGAAUACUGCUGUUGCUUCAGUACUGGAUCCAGUCUGUAGUAGGUAGUAGGAUGUACGUCUCCAUUAGAAUGGUUUUCUGGUGUUUUCCUUAGACCUUUACAUAUGGUGGUAGUGCAUAAACUGUACGCAAGCAUCCUAAUGAAACGGUAUGUUUUCUAUCCCUGCAGUAACCAGACAGCAUGGAGGAAGGCCAACCUGGCCAGUAAACUGUCCCUAGACAACCUGGAGAAGGAAUCUCUUCUCUAUGGAGGCGAUAGUGGACUUAGACAAAGGUAAACAGAUAUUGUCUGUUUCUAGAUACUCUUCUCUGUAGUGUUUCAUUGUCGUUCCCUUAUUUCACUCACUGUGUCUUGUCUUAUUGUUAUCUGUUACUAUGAAGAUGUAGAAUGUCUUUGGUCACCUUCCUGAUUGGAGGAAAAAAUAACAGGUGCUGGCCCAGACGUCCAGUGACAUCACAGAGAGCCUGAUGAGCAUCAGCCUGAUGAUGUCACAGCAGGUGAUGCAGAGCGAGGAAACCAUGACCACGCUGGGUGAGUGGCUCCCCCUAGUGUACAGAGAGUGAAUCAUAUAGGAGUCUGUGUUUCUGAGAUGACAGUAGUGUUUAUAAUUUCAGCCCCUAACCCCGUCCCCUAGCUCCCUGUUUACAAAUCUGAAAGAACUAGAUGAGUGAGAACCAGUGUUGUAAUGGUAAAAAGUGGGUAAACGCUGAUCGCCUUUCACAGUGAAUAAAGUAAUACUCCCUAUAUUUACAAUGCAUUUGUUUGCAAUAGGUGGGAAAACGUUUGAGCAACAUAAAAAAGGUGUGUAAAUGCCAUUUGCGUGUGUUUACCUUUGACUACACCACUGGUGAGAACAAUAUUGAGGGGGUUCCACCAAAAGCCCUCAAAUUGGAGGACCCAGGCCUGUUUGUUUCUCAGUUGCUUUAUUCAAAUAAAAACAAGCAGCUGACAGGAGGCUAUUUGAUAUGUCCAGACCCAAAGCCCAGGGUGGACUCCGUAGCAACCUCAUCUCAGGCGGUCCCGGAGACAAACCGGAACCAUCCAGCUGGGGAGAAAGCUCAUCACUAAGUACAACCGCAGGGAGCUCACUGACAAACUGCUCAUCUUCCUUGCUCUUGCACUCUUCCUCGCCAAGUUCUUCUACAUCCUCAAGAAUAUAUUAUUUUUCCUCUAG